CAGGAGGAGGGGGGGCGUUCUGAAAUAAUAUAGUCAGCCAUUUUUUAUGUAAGGGGAUUUUUCUUAUUGGGGGGGGUUGUUAAAAAAUAAAUAUAAGGGCGGCCAUCUUUGUUUCUCUGCCUUGUAGUGUAAAAUAUUCCAAAACGCCCCCCACUUUUUUCUUGGUCGAUUUGAAUAUUAAAUAAAUUUCAUAAUUCGGGAGGAAUACACUUUCUGAAUUCGAGGACGGAGCCGAUGACAGGAAUAUAAUGUCCUCUCCUCUCCGGUCCUGUGAGGAGGACGAGGGCAUGGUGGUUAAUUCCGAGGGAGGAGAUUUUGAUGAAGAAGAAGAGGACGACGGAGAUCUAGACGAGAACGCAAGCGACAUAAACUCGCCGGCGGCGCUUCGGGAAACUGCAACACUACCCGCGCCAGAGGAAGAGGGGGAGGCUUCAGAACAGGACACGUUUAGCAGGAAGAAAGGACGUCCAAAAAAGAAGAAGGAGACCAAGAAAAAAGAAAAGGGAAAGGAAGGGAAAACAGCAAAAGCAAAGAAACGAAAAAAGAUCGACAGUGAUGUAGAGAGAGACUCCGAGGGGGAGUAUGGUGAAAACUCAGACAGCGCAGCCAGCAACUAUGGAUCUGGCGAGAAGAAGAAGAAGAAGAAACACAAAGAAAAGAAGGAAAAGAAAACCAAGAAGAAGAAGAAAGAUGAUGGCGACAGAGACAGCAGCCAUGAAGAAACCACAAAGCCAAUAGAGCAGAAGACCUCUGGCCAGCUGGCACAAGAGUGGGGCCUGGAGGAUGUCGAGCAUACGUUCACAGAGGACGACUAUCACACACUCACCAACUACAAGGCCUUCAGCCAGUUCAUGAGGCCCAUGAUAGCCAAGAAGAACCCUAAGAUCCCUAUGUCCAAGAUGAUGACCAUCUUGGGCGCCAAGUGGCGAGAGUUCAGCACCAACAACCCCUUCAAGGGCAACGCGGCUGCUGUGGCCGCCGCCGCCGCCGCCGCUGCCAUCGCCGUCGCCGAGCAGGUCUCCGCGGCGACCGCCUCCCCCGAGCCUCCGCCUCAACCGCCCCCGUUACGGAAGGCCAAGACCAAAGAGGGCAAAGGCCCUGGCUAUAAGAAGCGCAGUAAGAGUCCUCGUGUUGCGGACAAGAAGAAGGCCGCUGCUGUCAAGGCCAAAAAGAUGGCGCCCAUCCGUAUCAAACUGGGAGCCAUAGGUGCCAAGAGGAAGAAGAGCUGCUCAGUGAGUAUCAAUAUGAGUGAGGAUGUUGAUGAGGAGGAGUCAGAGCAGGAGGACUCCAGUGUCCACAGCUCAUCAGUGCGCUCAGAUAGUUCCGGACGCCCCAAGAAGAACAAGAGAGGAAGGCCGGCCAAGAAAAAGAAGAAAAUGAUGGGCGACGAGGAGGUGGACGGCUACGAGACGGACCACCAGGACUACUGUGAGGUGUGUCAGCAGGGCGGGGAGAUCAUCCUGUGUGACACCUGCCCCAGGGCUUACCACCUGGUGUGUCUGGAACCCGAGCUGGAGAAGGCUCCGGAGGGCAAGUGGAGCUGUCCACACUGUGAGAAAGAAGGUAUCCAGUGGGAAGCAAAGGAUGAGGAGUUUGAAGAUUUUGAGGAGGAGAUGGAGGACGGGGGCGCGGGGGAGCCGGGGGCCGGGGGGGUGCCGGUGGGGGUGGAAGAGGAGGAGGACGACGACCACAUGGAGUUCUGCCGGGUGUGCAAGGACGGCGGGGAGCUGCUGUGCUGCGACGCCUGCACCUCCUCCUACCACAUCCACUGUCUCAACCCGCCUCUGCCAGAGAUCCCCAACGGAGAGUGGCUGUGCCCACGAUGCACCUGUCCCCACAUCAAAGGACGGGUUCAGAAGAUCCUCCACUGGCGAUGGGGCGAGCCGCCACCCCCCAUACCUGUGCCCCCACCCCCCGACGCCCUGCCCGACGCCCCUCCUCCGCCUCCUAUGAAGGGCAGGGCAGAGAGGGAGUUUUUCGUCAAGCUAGCGGGCCAGUCCUACUGGCACUGCACGUGGAUCACUGAGCUACAGUUGGAGAUAUUCCACUCUGUGAUGUUCCGCAACUACCAGAGGAAGACAGACAUGGACGAGCCCCCGCCGCUGGACUACGGGUCCGGGGACGAGGAGGGCGGGGGAAAGAGCGAGAAGCGGAGGCUGAAAGACCCCCAGUAUGCCGCCCUGGAAGAGAAGUUCUACAGAUACUACAUAAAGCCUGAAUGGAUGAUGAUACACCGCAUCAUCAACCACAGUCUGGAUAAGAAGGGGGUGUACCACUACUUGGUCAAGUGGAGAGAUCUGACCUAUGACCAGUGCACAUGGGAGAGAGAUGACCUGGAGAUCCCUGAGUUUGCCAUCCACAAGGCCAACUACUGGAGACACAGGAAUGAGGUGAUGAAGGAGGACCCCGACAAGCCCAGGAGGAUGAGGAACGUGAGGAUGGAGGAGAGCGAAGAGGCUCCUGGCUCGCCUGUCAACGACCCGACGAUCAAGUACGAGGAGCAGCCGGAGUUUGUGUCGGUGACGGGGGGCACGCUGCACCUGUACCAGCUGGAGGGGCUCAACUGGCUGAGGUUCUCCUGGGCUCAGGGCACCGACACCAUCCUGGCCGAUGAGAUGGGCCUGGGCAAGACCAUCCAGACCAUCGUCUUCCUCUACUCCCUCUUCAAAGAGGGCCACACUAAGGGUCCAUUCCUGGUCAGCGCUCCCCUCUCCACCAUCAUCAACUGGGAGCGCGAGUUUGAGAUGUGGGCUCCGGACUUCUACGUGCUCACCUACACCGGGGACAAAGACAGCAGGGCGGUCAUCCGCGAGAACGAGUUCUCCUUCGACGACAUGGCCGUCAAGGGAGGGAAGAAGGCUUUCAAGCUGAGGAGAGACGCUCCUAUCAAGUUCCAUGUUCUGCUGACGUCCUAUGAGCUGGUUACUAUAGACCAGACAUCUCUCAAGUCUAUAGACUGGGCCUGCCUGGUUGUGGACGAGGCCCACCGCCUCAAGAACAACCAGUCCAAGUUCUUCAGGCGUCUGAACGACUACAAGAUUGACCACAAGCUGCUGCUGACAGGAACCCCCCUGCAGAACAACCUGGAGGAACUGUUCCACCUGCUCAACUUCCUCACUCCCAACCGCUUCAACAACCUGGAGGGCUUCCUGGAGGAGUUUGCGGACAUCUCCAAGGAGGACCAGAUCAAGAAGCUCCACGACCUGCUGGGGCCUCACAUGCUGAGGAGGCUGAAGGCGGACGUGUUCAAGAACAUGCCGUCCAAGACGGAGCUGAUCGUGCGAGUGGAGCUCAGCCCCAUGCAGAAGAAAUACUACAAGUUGAUUCUGACGAGGAACUUUGAGGCCCUCAACUCGAAAGGAGGAGGGAACCAAGUUUCUCUUCUCAACAUCAUGAUGGACCUCAAGAAGUGUUGCAACCACCCCUACCUCUUCCCUGUGGCUUCCAUGGAGGCGCCUAAGACGGCGAGCGGGGGGUACGAGGGAGGGGGCCUCACAAAGGCUUCUGGGAAACUGACGCUGCUGCAAAAUAUGCUGAGGAAGCUGAAGGACCAGGGCCAUCGUGUCCUCGUCUUCUCUCAGAUGACGAAGAUGUUGGACCUGCUGGAGGACUUCCUGGACUUUGAAGGUUAUAAGUAUGAGAGGAUAGACGGAAGCGUCACAGGGGCACUCAGACAGGAAGCCAUAGACAGGUUCAACGCCCCUGGAGCGUGUCAGUUCUGCUUCCUGCUCUCCACCAGGGCCGGUGGUCUGGGCAUCAACCUGGCCACAGCCGACACCGUCAUCAUCUUCGACUCUGACUGGAACCCCCACAAUGACAUCCAGGCGUUCAGUCGAGCCCACCGUAUCGGCCAGGCCAACAAGGUGAUGAUCUACCGCUUUGUGACGCGUGCCAGCGUGGAGGAGAGGAUCACCCAGGUGGCCAAGAGGAAGAUGAUGCUGACCCACCUGGUGGUGCGGCCAGGCCUGGGCUCCAAGGCCGGCUCCAUGACCAAGCAGGAGCUGGACGACAUCCUCAAGUUCGGCACCGAGGAGCUCUUCAAAGACGAGAUCGAAGGUUCUGGAGGCAGUUCGUUGAAACGUGGAAAGAAAGGAGCUUCCACAACCUUCAUGGGAGACAGCAGGGACGACGAGGGCAGCGUGAUCCACUACGACAGCGGCGCCAUCGAGCGGCUGCUGGACCGCAGCCAGGACGCCACCGACGACCCGGACAUGCAGAACAUGAACGAGUACCUGAGCUCCUUCAAGGUGGCCCAGUACAUGGUGCGCGAGGAGGACAAGAUUGAGGAGAUCGAGCGGGAGAUCAUCAAGCAGGAGGAGAACGUGGACCCGGACUACUGGGAGAAGCUGCUGCGGCACCACUACGAGCAGCAGCAGGAGGACCUGGCCAGCAAGCUGGGCAAGGGCAAGAGGAACCGCAAGCCCGUCAACUACAACGACGCCGCCCAGGAGGACCAAGAGUGGCAUGCUGAUAUUUCAGAUAACCAGUCCGAGUAUUCAGUGGGCUCCGAGGAGGAGGACGAAGACUUCGACGAGAGGCCAGAAGGUCGUAGGCAGUCUCGUCGUCAGAUGAGGAACGAAAGGGAUAAGCCACUGCCCCCUCUACUGGCCAGAGUGGGAGGCAACCUCGAGGUGUUGGGCUUCAACACACGCCAGCGGAAAGCCUUCCUGAAUGCAGUGAUGCGUUGGGGCAUGCCCGCCCAGGACGCCUUCUCCUGCCAGUGGCUGGUACGAGACCUGAGGGGCAAGAGUGAGAAGGAGUUCAAGGCGUACGUUUCUCUGUUCAUGCGUCACCUGUGCGAGCCGGUGGCUGACGGAUCGGAGACGUUCGCCGACGGCGUGCCUCGGGAGGGCCUGUGUCGCCAGCCGGUCCUCACCCGCAUAGGGGUCAUGUCCCUGGUCAAGAAGAAGAUCCAGGAGUUUGAGCACAUCAACGGCCGCUGGAGCCUUCCAGAGCUGAAGCCCGAGGUGGUCGUGGACUCCAAGUCUUCCAGGGCCUCUUCCCCCGCCAUAAAGACCGCCACCCCCACCCCCGAACCCAGCUGCAACAACACCCCCUGCACCUCCAAACCAGCCACCCCGUCACCUGCGGAGAAGCCAGAGAAGAACGGAAAGGAGGUAGAGAAAGAGGAUACCCCACCUGAGAGUGAGAAAGAGGAGGGAGGGAAGGAGGAGAGCAGGAGGAGCGCAGACUCUGGGGAGCCGCCUCGUGCCGGAACAGAAGUGUCCCCACAGGGCUCUCCUGGAAAAUCAAAGGACAACGUAGAGGGCGACUCGAAAGAAGAGGAGAAGAACAAAAUGGCCGACGCCCAAUCCGCCCCUGACCCGACGGAGGGGACAACCGCAGAGGAGGAAAUCAAGGAGGAGAAGAGCGCCGAAGACGCACCCAAACGGUCGCCUGAGGUCAACAACGACAAGCCAGCAGAUGGCGAGAAGGUGGAGGAAGAGAAGGAGAAAGAGAAGAAGAGCGAGGAGGCUGCCGCCCCAACGGAAACGAUGGAGAGCAAGGAGAAAGUGGAAAACCAGCCUUCAGAUGUGAAGAAAGAGGAAGUGAAAGGUGAAAGGGAUCCUGGGAAAGAGGUGAAAGGGCCGAAGGAGGAGGUCGCUCGGGGCAACGGUAAACUACCCACGGAGCGUCCCCGCUUCAUGUUCAACAUCGCUGACGGGGGCUUCACAGAGCUCCACACGCUGUGGCAGAACGAGGAGAGGGCGGCCAUCUCCUCUGGGAAGAUGAACGAGAUCUGGCACCGGCGACACGACUUCUGGCUGCUGGCGGGAAUCGUUCUUCACGGGUACGCGCGGUGGCAGGACAUCCAGAACGACCCCCAGUUCGCCAUCGUCAACGAGCCGUUCAAGUCGCAGGCCAACAAGGGGAACUUUCUAGAAAUGAAGAACAAGUUCCUUGCCCGGCGCUUCAAGUUGUUGGAGCAGGCCCUGGUGAUCGAGGAGCAGCUCCGCAGGGCAGCCUACCUCAACAUGACCCAGGACCCCUCCCACCCGGCCAUGGCCCUCAACGCUCGCUUCGCCGAGGUCGAAUGUUUGGCUGAGUCCCACCAACACCUGAGCAAGGAGUCCCUGGCUGGGAACAAGCCUGCAAACGCGGUUCUACACAAGGUGUUGAACCAGCUUGAGGAGUUACUGAGCGACAUGAAGGCCGACGUGACCCGGCUUCCUGCCACGCUGUCGCGGGUGCCGCCCAUCGCCUCCCGCCUGCAGAUGUCCGAGAGGAGCAUCCUCAGCAGGCUAGCCAGCAAGGGCACGGAGACACACGCCCCCCCGCACAUCCCUCCUGGACCUUACGCCACCCCUCAGAACUACGGUGCCCCCUUCACCCCAGCCCCCCCGGGAGGCCUCCCCAUGGGGGGCGGCAAUUACAGCCAGAUGCCCCCUGGAUCCUUCAUAUCAGUGCUCAACGGUCCUCCCAUGUCUGUGAAGAAGGAGAGGGAGGCCGAGUUUGUCCUGAGCAGGAGGGAGCAGCGCAGCGGAGAAGUCAUCUGUAUCGACGACUGAACCACACACACACGCGCACACACACAUUCAACUUGCUAUUCAUAGAACAGACAUCCAGUACUUACACACAUACAGUGCUUUCUUUCAAGUCACUUGAACUAAACUAGGUUUUGAGAGUAAUUUUCCAUUGAAAUUCUAAUUACUAAAUGAAUUCCAUUUAUAUGGAAAUAUUCCUAAGUAUAUAAUAUUUCACUACAGUGGUAAGUUUAAGUAAACUUGACUUCUAAUGGAAAAAAUCCUACAUUUGUUAUGCAAAGAGUUAAAGCUGGGGUUUAAUUAAUAUCUAACCAACAAACCGUCAGUAUGUAUUUACCAUAUGUCCCUUAAACAGUCUUUGCUACCACCUGUAACAAACUGUUCUACAUUGACAAACAACUUCAUUUUCUAGAACGGGCCUUGACAAAUACACUACAGACUAACACUCCUUAUUGGAACAGUGACACACACAUACGCAGUACACACACACACACACACACCAAAUUGAGGUCCAAGCAGUCACAUAUCUUGGAUGGCUCAAUCUCCCGUAAUCUGCCUCACACCAGUACUCCUCCCACAGAACUUUCCACCCUUCCCCUACCUCUGAAACCUCACUCGAACCACUCACAGAACCUCAACCCCAGACACCUACAACCUGACCAUUGACCUUCUGGUCUCCAGCGAUGACAGGAAGCUGCAUGAUUUAACGUGUGAACUGUCUGGCCUACUCAACAACGCUCUAAACAUCCAUCCUCUGAAAAGCAUGCUAUGUUCACAAUAAUGCUGUCUCGUGGAAGGAGCUAUCUUGUCUUUCUCAAGCCGUGCCUACAGUAUUUCUUGUGCUGUUCUCACCUAUCCCAGGCCCGCCUAAACCAUUUGUCGUCCUAUUUGAGCAUGUAAGGUGAAAAAAAAGAGGUUCUGAACCUGGCGGAAUCCCUUUGCAUUUUUGUGUUGAAAAAUACUGAUAAUGAAGAGUCGACCGUUCAACGGGAUUAUUGAAUGACCUGCUCCGCUUUGUCAUUCUGUAUAUGGAUGACAGGUCAGAUGCGGAUGUAGUGUACUUUCAUUAGCAAGGCAUACAGUGUUAUAUAGAUUGACUAUCCUGAGCUAAUUCCUUCCCCUUGUUCCUGUCCCUCCCACCCCCAUCCUUUAAACUACAGCCCCCCGUCCCCCACCUAUCUUUCCCCCCCCCUCUUCUAUAUCAGUCCCUUUUCCUGUUAGUUUUUUCGACUUUAUACUUCUUUCUAUGAAUUCUGUGAUAUUCUUUGCAUAUUUAAACUUGGCUCAUUCGUGUUCUCUUGUGUUUUUACUCUUGUUACUACAGCUAUGAUUAUUAUUGUUGUUGUCCUUGUUGUCCUCGCUGUUACUAUCGAAAAGAGCUUCUACCAAAUGAGGAGUUGAGUUCAUUAUGAAUAAGUCGAUUUGGCACACAACAAAUCUCUCCACCAGAUCUUAUAAUCAAGAGAGACAGAAACGAAGAGGUUGAGAUAACUUCGGAGUUAGCUUGAGUACGCCACACAAAAACCUUUCCCGCUUACAUACUAGAUUUGGGGCUUGCAAAUAACAUAUAACAUAUUAUAGACCACACAUGUAACCCAAAAUGCAGUCAUGAAGAGAUUAAACAUAUGAUAUAAUGCCAGUGAAGGUACAUUUACUUAUUCUCCGGAAACUCAGAGGUUGUUAUUAGGAUUGAGUACAUUUUAUAUACUGUAUCAACAAAUACGCCUUAAACAUAGCUGUAACUGUAAAGUCAAAACUAAUCCUAUGUCAAUUCUGUAAAUGCUAGCUGAAAUAGUCCAAUGUUAGUUAGACCAGGGCCUAUUUCAAAUGAUUAAAGUAGUGAAUCUAAUUUAUUUUCCCUAAACUUUUGACAUUCAACACUAGCGUACCAAGUAAAAGCAUUUUACCAGUUACUUUACAAAAUAGGAAGUGUUUUGCAAACCCUCCUCUAAAAUCAAGCACUUGUGUUCUAUUUCCGUUAGUUUCCUUCAUAUAAUUUUUUAUUUUAAAUGUUUUUCUCUGUAUCUUGUGUCACAGUGUACGUUGUUGUGCCGAACAAUUGAUGAGUGGCAGUGAAACGUGUCAAUAAUGAUACAUUAUUGAUUUUUCUUUUUUGGGGGUUUGUAAUAAAAUCGAAUGAAAUGAGA